GAAGCCUUUCUUUUUUAUGCUUUGCUUAAUAUACGGGAUCCUUGGGAAGACCUGAUUUGGGUGACCCUGUUUUCUGCUGAGUGAAGUCCUCUUUGAGAGGACACCUGGCCACGUCAGAUGCACGGAAUGUCCAGUGGAAGGCGGAGUCUGGCUCAGCAAUGCCUGUGCCCACCUGUGCUUAAAGUGUGCACCCCGCAGGCAGCCGAGAGCCUCGCGUCCCACGCACUUCUGUCUGGGUGAAGUUGCUUCAUCGCAAUCACAGCACUCUUGGACAUCACCUGAUGAAGAUCCACGCUGAUUCCUUUUUCACCAACUGGGACUAGAGCAACAAUCACCAUGCGUGUGCAUGUAGCUGUUGUAGUGUGCGGACUCUUUUCAGGAGAAGCCCAAGAUAGAAUCUUGGAGUCCGUGACCUUCGAAGAUGUGGCAGUGAACUUCACCUCAGGAGAGUGGGCUUUGUUGGAUUCCAGUCAAAAGACACUCUACAGAGAUGUGAUGGGGGAGACACUUUUUAACCUUAUGUUCAUAGAAAAAGGACUAGAACAAAACAUUGAAGAGAACUACAAAGAUCUCUGCAGAAGUCUGAGAACUCAGUUGAUUGAGAAAGAUUGUGGAUAUGAAUAUAAUAUUCAGUGUGAUGACAACCUUCAGCCAAUUCUAAAGAAUAUGAUUAAUGAAGACAUGCCUCCUGCAAUAACAGGAUAUGAAAGCCAGUUGCAUGUAAGAAGCAUCAUUGGUCAUUCAUUCUCACCUGUAUAUCUCAGAAACCAAGCUAAAGGGAAACAAUCUCACUGUAAGGAGUCCUUUAUACAUCAGAAACAUUGGGAAAAUACCAGUCAUUCUGAAUCACUCCAGGUACUUGGAACUUUUCCCAGAGAGAAAUCUUAUAAGAAUCAACAGUGUAAGGAAGCCUGUCGGAAUCUCCCUUCUGAUCAGCCUCACAAGAGAACACAAUGUGGAGAUAAACUCAAUGGGAAAAUAUUAAGGAGAUAUACAUGUAGUGCAGAAGAUAAUGGAAUCCAUACAGAAGUGAAAUCGUUUGCUCAUAACCACAGUGAAGAAGCCUUCAUUGAUUCCAGUGACCUUAUCACCCCUGAAAAAAGUCAUAUUGGAGAGAAAAAAUACACUUGUAAACAAUGUGGGAAAACAUUUAAGUAUGCUUCGUGUUUUGAGAAACAUAAAGUAACUCACACUGGAGAGAAGCCUUAUGCAUGUAAGCAGUGUGGAAAAGCCUUCACCAGUUCUAGCUGGUGCAACACUCAUGAGAGGGGUCACAACGGAGAGAAGCCUUACAUGUGUAAGCACUGUGGAAAAGCCUUCAGAAGUUCCAGUUAUUGCAGCAUUCAUGAAAGAAUUCACACUGGAGAGAAACCUUACGCAUGUAAGCACUGUGGCAAAACCUUUGCCAUUUUGAGGUCUCGUAACUGUCAUGAGAAAAUUCACACUGGAGAGAAGAUUUAUGCAUGUAAACUUUGUGGAAAAAGCUUCCUUAGUCCCACUUCUUGUAGCAUUCAUGAAAGAAUUCACACUGGAGAGAAACCUUACGCAUGUAAGCAUUGUGGCAAAACCUUUGCCAGUUUGACUGGGUGUAUCACUCACGAAAGAAGUCACACUGGAGAGAAGCCUUACACAUGUAAACACUGUGGAAAAUCUUUCAACAAUUGCAGUUAUCGGAACGUUCAUGAAAGAAUUCACACUGGAGAGAAACCUUAUGCAUGUAAGUACUGUGGCAAAACAUUCGUCAUUUUGGGUUCUCUUAUCACUCAUGAAAGAAGUCACACUGGAGAAAAGCCUUACGCAUGUAAGCACUGUGGAAAAGCCUUCUCCCAAGCCAGUUAUCGUAACAUUCAUGAAAGAAUUCACACUGGAGAGCAGCCUUACGCAUGUAAGCACUGUGGCAAGACUUUUGCCAUUUUGAGUUCCCGUAACACUCAUGAAAAACUUCAUACUGGAGAGAAGCCUUAUGUGUGUAAGCAUUGUGGAAAAGCCUUUAUCAGUUCUAUUUGGUGUAGUGCUCAUGAAAGGGGUCACACUGGAGAGAAACCUUAUGCAUGUAAGCACUGUGGCAAAACCUUUGCCAUUUUGAGUUCUCGUAACAGUCAUGAAAAAAUUCACACUGGAGAGAAGCCUUACACGUGUAAACAUUGUGGAAAAGCCUUCACCAGUUCUGGCUAUCGUAACAAGCAUGAAAGAGCUCAUACUGGAAAGAAACCUUAAACAUGUAAACAUUGUAGAGAACAUUUGCCAAAUUCAGUUGGUGCAACUCUCAUGAAAGAAUUCACACUGGAGAGAAGCUUUAUGCAUGUAAAACCCGUGGAAAAUCCUUCACCAGUCCCUCUUACCAUAUUACUCAUGAAAGAAUUCACACCGGAGAGAAACUGUUUCCAUGUAAUGCAUGAAGAAACUGUUCCGUCAACUUUAUGAUCAUUCCAGCCAUGAAAGAAUUCACUCAAGAAUGAAGACUUAUGCAUCAGAGAAAAGCUGUGUUCCAGAGACGGCCGGCCGUAGCUGUACCUUGUGUUGGCAGCAGGACCUGGUAAUGUGUAAGCAUCACCAAGGUGAUAGUAGUUUUGCAGCUAUGAAGGGAUAAUAGAGCCUAGUUGUGACUUGGCACUGUGACAAGAAGAGGCCAUUGGUGAAGGUGCAGCUUCAGUAGCAUUUGAAGGCCCAGGACUGAAGGAGUCAUGCGAAGAAAUUGAGGCUCGGCAUCAUGACGAGAGCCAGUGAGAGGUAAUCGGUGAAAGUGCAGCCCAGUUGCCGCAAGGGACCCCAGCAUUUUGGAGAUGCCAAUACCAUGAGAAGAGCACCAAGAACAGUAGCUGCAGAGGGGUGGAGUCAGCCAGAGUGUGGAAGAUGAACUGUGUGGACUGCAGAGGGCAGACCGGGUAAGGAACCCAAACCCUUUGGAGGAGUCCACAAGAUAGUGAGUGACUCUCAGAUAAUUAAUUGAGUUAUUUAUACUGUUGGACUUUGGUUUUGCUGUCUUCACAUUGGGCGGGUGUCUUGGUUUUUCUCUCUUGAAGAACGUAUUUAAUUUAAUUUUGACUUUUAAAGGAGGCCACAGAUGAAAGACUUGUACUUUUUUAAGAGAUUGAAUAUUUUCUUUUAUUGAUUCUUUGUGGAAUCAUUCUGAUCCCACUUAUUUCCCCAUCUCCUCCCAUCUGGCCUCCCCCUCAAAUCAGACAAAUUAAAAAAAAAAAAAGAAAACAAAGGAGAAGAACCUUGUCAUGGAAGCUGUCUGUAGUGUGGUCCGUUGAGUCAUAGUUUACCCUUUCGUCCAUUCUUCUUGUCUUGCAAGUGUUCGCUCCCUCAUGGUCACUGCCCAGGUGAUCUCUCCAGCAGUGCCUCCACCAGCUUACCCAGUGCCGCCUGCAGCUCGGAGCUGGGUCAGUUCUGCUCUCAGGUCCUCAGAUCUGGGUCACCCACACAUCACCAGGGCCCUAUAGGGUUGCCCGGGCAAGGUCCAGGGCCCUCCCUCCCAGUUGCUGUAAAGGGCAUACGGUGGGAGGAGGGGGAGAAUCAGCUCUUCAGAACUCAUGCCCUCAAGGUUGGCUCGCUUGUGCCCCUGGCAACAGAGUCAGCUGACUGCUGCCCAUGUGGGGUAUAGAGCUGGGCGUGCUCCUCUGUGCUGCCGCUGAUGAGGGGCGGGGCUAGUCAUCUCACUCUCAUGACCCCAGAGCCAGCUCUCCCCUGUCACAGGAGGUAAUGAGUGGGGGCAGGAGGACAUAUUUUGGUCACUCAUGCCACCACCUGGCAGAAGAGGAGGUCGGGGUCGGCUCUACUGCUCUCUCACCCUCAGGGCCUUCUUACCUGCAUCCCCAGUAAGAUCUACUGUGCUGCCCAGGUGAGGUGCAUGCCUGUGGGGAGGGGUGGGACCAUCUUUCCCAAGUGCAGGGGCGAACUCUCCCCUGAGGGGAUAAGGCCAGCUCUCCAGAUGCAGUAUCCAGUGAGGGUGGGACCAACCAGGGACGGUGGGUGGGACUGGCUCAACACAGCAUGGCUCCAGUGAGCACCUGUGCUAACAUGGGCCGUGGACUUCAUCACAGACCCCAACUGCAGGAAGACCGUGGACUCAGAUACAGCCCUGGGCAGCAGCUCAGGCCCAGACGUCAUCAUGGCCCAGUGGCAACACAGAGCACCCAGGUCAGUGUAGCCCUAAUGGUAGCAUGAGUCUCAGACCCUGGGCAUCUGCUGAGCCCUUUUGGUAACAGCAGUCACAGACAUCAACUCAGUCCAUGGCUGUUCCAGGGCCACAGACCCAGACAUGGCCCUUGGUAGCAGCCCUGGCCCAGAUGUCUCCAUGGUCCCAGGUUGUUGUGCAGGUCACUCAGAUCAUCAGUAUGCACCCCCACCCCACCCCUGUGUGGCAGUAUGGCCCUCAGAAAUCAACAUGGCCUCAGGUGACAACCCGAACCCUGACGUUGACUCUGUUUUCGAUGGUCUCAAAAGGUACAGACAUUAACACAGUCCCUGGGUGUGGCAGGGCCAUCGACUCAGACUUGGCCCUCAGCCACAGCCCUGGUCCAGAUGAUACCAUGGCCCCUGCAGCAGCAUGGGCCAGGGAUGGGCAGGAUAAGCUCUGUAGCUCUCAUGCUCUCAAGGCCGGCUCACCUGUGCCCCUGACAACUGGACCAGCCCGGUGUGCUACAGGUGGGGUACAGGGCUCACUCUGCUGUGUGCUGCAUGGUGAAGGACCAUGAUUGAGGCUCCCCAGCAGAUACAAGGAGGAUUAAUUAAGGAUGGGGCUUUAAAUCAGUACAGAAUUUUAAGAAGAGAAAAUGGAGAUUUUUGUGUACUAACCUACAGGAUCAUGGGAAGAAUCUGUGCAAUUAA